UUAGGAGUAGAAUAUAUUAAGAAAUACGGUUAGAAUUAGCUUAAUUUUAGGAUUAGUCUAAAUAGAGUUGAGAAGCUAAUUAGAAAUUUUAGUUGAUAAUAGAAGUCAUUAGAAACAUUAAUUUUAGGAUUAAUUGUGGAAACAUAAAAAAUUGAUUUUAGAAUUAGUUAAUUAGAAUUAGUAAUUUUGGAUUAAUUUUAGAGAUAGGAUAAUAUGUUGAUUUAGAAUUAAUUUUAGAAUUGUCUAAUAGAUUUUUAGAAAUAAUUAGAGAUAUUAGGAGUAAAUAAUUUUAGGAUUAGGGUUAAAUAAUCUCUUAGGAGUUUUGUUUGGAAAUAUUAAAAUGAGUGUAGGAUUUGAUUUGAUUUAAAUAAAGCUUAGAAUAGAAAUUUACUAUUGACCAUAACCGUGAAAUGACUAUUCUACCCCUAGGCUUAGAAAUAAUACAAUCUUGCAUGCUCCCUUAAUUUUAGGACAUGUUAUCUCUUGAUUAAAGGAAUUUCAUGUGGAGUUUGAGCUUCCGUUUUGGAUUUUUGUUCCUCUUUGACCCUAGUCUUGGACUAGUGGUUUGUGAUCUCACUUUUGAGUUGUGUUUCAGGUUAAUAGCACAAAUGGCCUAUGCUUGAUGAUGUGCCUCCAUUGGAGUUGACUUGUGGAUUGUAUAUAUCUGAUUUUGACUUCGUUUUGCAGGGUUUGACACUUGAGUUUGAGCCUUAAUAGCUUGCACCUUUGUGCAUUGGCUUGUGUUUGUCUGUAUAUAGCUAACUGUGAAACAUUUGCUGUUUAGUCUUGUGAUUAGUUUACUGAUUGUACUUGAUUGAUUUCAGGUACAUUAGUUGCUAAGAUUGCUUUGCUUUGCUUGAUAAGCAAUUUGCAUUGAGGCAGGAUAGCUGAUCAGCGACCUCACUGGUAUUCAACCAGACUCAACCAUCAGAGAAGCAUGGAUCAGGUUCAGACCGAGUUGGCUGAGAUGAGGGCGAACAUGGCCCAGUUCAUAACAAUGAUGCAAGGGGUUGCUCAGGGUCAGGAGGAGCUCCGUGCUUUGGUUCAGAGACAGGAGACGGUCAUUCAGGCGUCUAACCGUGGUUCACCUAUUGCUCCACCUGGUUUUGAGACUGUUAAUGUUGCUGCUGCUCCCGUUCAUGGUUAUGUUACAGGAGAAGAACUCAGGGGGAUAAGAGUUGAUGGCCAGCCUCUUGCUGCAGAGGUCAAUGCUAGAGCUACCCGAGCUCCUGUUCGUCAUCCAGCUCCUUUUGUCGACAGACAAGAGGACAUGUUCAUGAUGCUGAGUGAAGAUGAUGAGGUGGUCAGAGUCGAGGAUAGGAAUCGCAAGGUUGAUGCCCUGGCUGAGAAGAUCCGUGCGAUGGAAUGCCAAAACUCCCUCAGAUUUGAUGUUACAAAUAUGGGGCUAGUAGAGGGUUUGAGGAUCCCGUACAAGUUCAAAGCACCCUCAUUCGAAAAGUACAACGGUACCUCCUGUCCUCGCACCCAUGUGCAAGCUUACUUCAGAAAGAUUUACGCAUACACUGAUGACGAGAAGAUGUGGAUGUACUUUUUCCAAGAUAGUCUAUCCGGGGCAUCUUUGGACUGGUACAUGGACCUGAGAAAAGAAUCAGUCAGGAGCUGGAAAGAUCUGGGUGAAGCCUUUCUGAGGCAAUACAAGCACAACAUGGACAUGGCGCCGAGCCGAACCCAAUUGCAGAGUUUGUGUCAGAAAUCCAAGGAGAGCUUCAAAGAAUAUGCCCAAAGGUGGCGUGAGCUAGCCGCUAGAGUGCAACCUCCUAUGCUGGAGAGAGAGCUGACUGACAUGUUCAUUGAGACCUUGCAAGGUGUGUUCAUGGACCGCAUGGGAAGUUGCCCGUUCAGUAGCUUUUCUGAUGUUGUUGUCUGUGGGGAAAGGAUUGAGAGCCUUAUCAAAGCAGGAAAGAUACAAGAUCCCAGCUUUGCAAAUUAUUCAAGUUCUAAGAAGCCAUUCUCUGGGGCACCCAGAAGGGGAGAGAAUGAAACAAAUGCUAUGCACCGUCGAAGGAGUGCAAGCAGAGGACCAUAUCGUCAGGUCGCUGCUGUGACUAUCCCAGCAACUCAAACUCCGCAGCAACAGAGAAAACCAACUCAGCAAUAUCAACAUCAACAACAUCGUCCUCAGCAGCAGGCUUACCAGCCUCCCAAUGAUAAUCAAGCCAAUACGGGUAAUGAGAGGAAGAGGAUCAUUUUUGACCCGAUUCCUAUGUCUUACGCAGAGCUGUAUCCCUCGUUGAUAGAGCGGAACUUGAUUACUCCUAGAGACCCGCCGGCUAUACCCGUCAACCCUCGGUGGUGGUAUAGGCCCGAACAGCAUUGUGUGUAUCACUCGGGUGCUCCUGGUCAUGAUGUGGAUAGUUGUUUCCAGCUGAAGAUGAAGGUUCAAGACCUUAUAAGGUCAGGUAUUCUGAUCUUGGAGGAUUUAGGUCCCCGUGUUAAUCAAGCUUGAAGAUAACAAGUCCUGGGCUGGCGCCGACUUUUCUUCAGAAAGGUUGUUCAGAAAAUAGAAGUUGUUGAUGCAAGAGAUACUGACAGUUGUUAUCCCUGGUGGGAUCUAUCACAAUUGGGUCACUGUGGGUGUUCCUACAGUUGUUCAGAAGUCAGAGUAAUAAUCACUUUGUUUAAAAACCCUUCUCCCAUGCCAAAGGGAGAAGUGAUGACUUUAUUGGCAACACUUUGUGCAAUGAUAUUUUCAUUCAAAUAAAUGCAUGUUAAACAUUUGUUUUUCCAAUUGUUUUCCCUUUUCGCUUUU